UGUAAACCAUUUGCAACACGUUUUCAGAUUUUUGCAUGAAAAUCAUUUGAAUAAAGGACCAAAGAGAGAGUGAGAAAACCUCAGCAACCAUGUGUCAAACAGCGUCAAUAUGACUAGGAACAGAUACAAUGAAAAAAGAAAGCCAAAAGAGUGCGGCAACAGAAGGAGGAGGGAUAAAAACACAUGAGAGAGAAAGAGGGGCCUCAUAAAAGACAGCUUGAAGAACUGUAUAACAAGCAAAAACAUGCAACACAAGUGUCGGCUGCCGUCAGCAGGAAAGAGAAGAAUAGACAGAAGCAGAAUUUUGAGGUGAUGCAUGGCGUAUAAUAUAAUGUUAAAUGAUCUGCCAAAACACUUGUAUCAUUCAGAAAGGACAAGAUUUCUUAUUGGUACGGGACUGCGGAAGGCAGAGUUUCAUGCUGGAAGUUCCAGUCAGAUGGGCCUUAAUAAAGAUACCACACAACUCAAUAUCCCUCGUCCCACCCACCCUGCUACCAACAAGGCCAGUAACUCUUGGGACGAUUCUCGCACAGAUGAAUUAAAUGUGUUCAGUAUUUAUUCUCGUAGACAAGAACGACUGAUAAGACCUGGUAGGGAGCCAAUGUCUAAAAAGAAAUCUGCUGAGUCAGAAAUUCAAGCUAGUGUGACUCAGAGUCAGUCAGCCGGGCCAUCAAUAAAGUCCAGCUCAUCUUAGCGCCAACCAGCUGUAGGGACAGGGAGAAGGUCACCCGGGUUAGCAGGCCGGCGUGCUGAUAGUCCUUACAGUCAGAACUCUGAAUCUCUACGCACUCUGAGUCCUGUUGAGAGGACAAGAUCAAAGCAGUCAAAGUCAGGCAUAAAAUCUGAAGAACAUUAUGGAGAUGAGGAAACUGUUGGUGAAGAAUCUUACACACAGUCUUUUGAAAG